GAAUGGAGGCUCCACCAACACCAUCCUAUUCCUAUUCUCCAUUCCCAUUCUCACUCCACCCUCACUCGCAAAUGCACCAUCCCAUUCCCAUUCUCAUUUUUCUCUUCUUAGCGUUCCUCUCUCUUCUCUUUCUCUCCAAACGGAAACACCUGCCCCGACCCCAGCAGAGACCCAAGAAGAAGAGGAACAAGGGUAAGAACAAGACAACCGCUUCCGCAACCCAACCCCAAGAGGGAACCAAUUCGGGCCUCCCACUUGAAUCCGCCAACUCCUUUCCCUUUACGUCUUCCAGUAGCGUUAUGCAGAGAAAGAUCAAGCAACAGUAUGAUGAACUCGUCAAGUGUAACCACUUGAGGAAAUUGACACUGCCGCAGGUUGUGCAAUUUGCUAAUAGUUUGGUUGAUGCUAGGAAUGAGCUACAGCACAAAGCUGAUGUGAUUCAACGUAAGUUUGUUAUAACGAAGGCUUUACUAUGCAAGGCAGACAGAUCUUCUUUUGAUCGCCUUCAUCAACAGAUAUACAAGCUAGAAUUAGAGCAAAAACGUUUAGAAGAGGAUGCUUUUGUUUAUAACUCACUUCAACAACAGCUUAAACUCUCACCAGCAUACCAGAAGAUGCUUGAACUUGGAGCUUGCAUGGAGAAGGAAAAAUCAAGUGGACUAGGCGAGAACAGAGAUGAUGAUUUUGCUGACAUUUCUUUUGAAGAAUUGUUAGCACAGGAGAAGAAAGAUUCAUUUUGGCAAAAAAAUGGAAAAUCAAGAUUAUGCUCAAGCUGAUAAGCCUACUAGCAUGGCUAACUGUAACCUCCUGAGCUAGUUUAGUAUGUACAUCCAAUACCUGUAGUAGUGUAUCUAUGGUCACAGGAAUGUUCUUUUUGGUUCUUUGCCUGUGCCAUUUUUGGCUAAUGGAAUAUAGAUGACACAACUUGAGUUCCCUUUAGGAAUUUAUAAGUGGAAGCCAGUUAAAUUGAAAUUAACGCGACUUACAAUACCAUUACUAUUAUUUCCUGUCUUAGGCCAAGGCAUAAGAAACAGGGGAUGGCUGAGACUAGCAUUGUUACCAAUUGUGUUCUGUUAAAACAAAGAUGGUUUUGGGUUAUCCAUGAUAAGAUAAACAGCCCAAAAGACUGACGGUGCUGAUGUUAUAUACGUAACAUUGUUCCCCUUGAAUCAAAACAUUCGGCAAAAAAAAGGCUCUUGAACAA